ACGGAUGACCGUGGUGCCGCGAGUACAGUGGCCGGUGAAAUCGCGUUAAAAAGCCGCGCGCAGGUACGAUCGAAGGACCGAUCAUCUCUGCUCCUUUUUUUAUUUCUACGGGGGUGUGGAUCGUUCGCUGUUAGAAGUGCUCUAGAGCGAGAUGUGGAUAUCCCGAAAUAAACUUUCUCGGGUUAUGUAAAGGCUGGCAACUGGCUUGUGUAGACUCGCCGGUAUAAAGGUCGGCUGUGCCCCCAACAGUCCAAGAGUUGCUCACGAACUUCACGCCGGCAACCAUCGGGAGAACAUCGACGCUCUAUAUGUGACGCUGCCUUUUUAUCUGACGCAGACUUAUCUCCAUCGUUCACACGCAUCGUAGCAUCGCACUUUCUCGAGAGAGCGUUGUGCUGUUGCAUAGGCACGUGUCCCGUCGCGUCAUUUCGGCAACAUGCGUUCUUUGGUCUUCCUUACGCUUAUCGCAGUGGCUCACUGCCAGGAAUAUUUCCGGCAACCGGAAAAGAUCGUCAGCGAAAACCGGAACCUUGGUGACAAUCGUGGCCACUAUUCGUUCACUUAUGAGACCGAAGGUGGUAUCGUACAAACAGAGACCGGAAGCCGAAAGUACGUCGGCACGCCGUCUGAAACUCAGCUGAUUCAAGGAUCCGUGCAGUAUAAUGCUCCAGAUGGUACUCCGAUAGCAAUUAGCUGGACCGCCGACGAAUUUGGUACUCAAGUAGCAGGUACUCACGUGCCAACACCGCCACCAAUACCGCCAGCCAUACAGAGAGCUCUUGAUUGGAUCGCGAAACAACCCUCGACUCCGGAACCCGAGGAACUCGCCAAAGACUCGCCGAGUCAACAAAACGCCGUUCCAGCAGCCAACACUAAUCGACUAUAUAAACCGUUAAGGACGAAUCAACGAAAUUGAUCAAUUGUGAUACCAACGUUAGAAUAGUUCACAUGUUAGUUUUUAUAAUGUACAAAAUAAACUUCAUAUUUUCGUAGAAAACUCAUUUGUCACGAAUUAACUCGUUUCAUCGACAAUCGUUCAUCUUCAAUUCGCUUCCAAAUGUUUUUAUUCAGAAACUUUGUUUAACCAUCGACGUGUUACGGUUUCACGAAUAAACGUAGGAAGUUACUAUCGUGAAAAUUGUCUGCGUGUUUUCUAAAAAUCUAUUUUCGAUUUCUCUAUGUAUUCGUCUUUUUCUUCGUAUGUUAAUGACUUUCCUAAUGGCGUUUGAUCGUUCUACUUUCUUUGUCGAACGAUGUUUAUUAGCCAUAAACACACUAAUAUACGUAUGUACAUCGAGAAAAAAUUCCGCUUCUUUAUCCGUACCGUAAACACGCACAGAAUUGAAUGCUUGCACGCUUCACAGAAGCGCUUUUACGUGUUACCUAGAAAAUAAUUUAUCGACAUAGAGCGCAAAGAGGCGAUGGCUGCAAUUGAAUAAGCAUGUGCAACUUCAUACUUAAACUCACAACACGCGUUACAUAACUCGGACGGAAUUUGAGAGAAUCGCUAUUUCUGUGAUGCUUAGUCGCGCAUUUUUUGUAAUUAAAAAGAGGGAAUGUCGACAAAAGUAGGUUUCCAUUUUUAAUUUUCUCACGAAACUUGCUUAUCGAUACGAAUAUUUCUUAAAAAGUUUAUGAUACUUCUACGAGCUUUCGAUCUUGAAAAUGUGCCGAUAUUAUUUAAUCGUAAAUCAGUAUUACGUUCCUUACAUUGUAAGAUUUAUAAGGCUUAUAAAAUAAUUCGAAUAUGAAAAAUGUAUCAGACUAUUAAUUAAACGAAAUAAUUUCAUAUA